UCUUUGGUAUGCAGGAGGACCGACGUCACUGUUUGCUAUUCUGGGGAAGAUGGCGGAAGCUGCGGCGGUUCCCCCGCAUCGGUUCUUCUGUCAUUGUUGUAAGGGAGAAGUAAGCCCCAAGCUCCCGGAGUACAUCUGUCCCAGGUGUGAGUCUGGCUUUAUAGAGGAGGUAACAGAAGAUUCCAGUCUGCUAGAGGGUGGCGCUAACGGGACAGAUGACACAGCCACACAGUUUGCAGAGCUGUGGCACCUGUUGUUUGUAGAGAGGCCUUUCACAGUGGAUGGUGACAGUCCAGAAUCAGAGCCCCGGGUCCCUGGUGGAGGGGUUGGGGUAGGAGCAGGGGGGUUAGGUCUGGGGGGGCUGGGAGGGCUAGGAGGCCUGGGAGGAGGUCCUAUCGGAGGGUCAGUUCCUGCUGGGUUAGGAGGACCCCUGGGGGGUCCUCUGGGAGGGGGGGAACACUGGGGGCCCGGUCGCCCCCCUCGCCUGCACAGUCAGCGGAGGUACCGCUCCAGAGGGAGCAGCAGACCUGACCGCUCGCCUGCCGUAGAGGGGAUAGUACAACAGUUUCUGGCUGGUCUAUUUGCCAACUCUGGAGUUCCUGGCCAACCUCCCCUCUCUUGGACGGGGAUGCUACACUCUAACCCAGGGGACUAUGCUUGGGGACAGGGGGGACUGGACGCAGUCAUCACACAGUUGUUAGGUCAGUUUGAGAACACGGGCCCUCCUCCUGCAGAGAAAGAGAAGAUCUCCUCCAUUCCUACAGUCAACGUGUCUCAGGAUCAAGCAGACUGCAGUAUGGAGUGUCCGGUGUGCAAGGAGGACUUUGCAGUGGGAGAGCCCGUCAGACAGCUACCCUGCAACCACUUCUUCCACUCAGACUGUAUAGUACCCUGGCUGGAAAUGCACGAUACGUGUCCUGUGUGUAGGAAGGGGUUGAAUGGAGAAGACAGCAACACCCAGAACCCCCCAGAAUCCCCCUCUCUAAACACGGACCCCCGCACACAGGAGAGAUGGUCCUUCUGAAAUACACCUCCCCCUCAUCGCCUUAUCGCACCUCUCCUCUGACCUCCUUUUAAUCUCUCCAUCUCAUCUGUCCUUCAUUCCACUUUUUUGACCCUCAUCCCCCUCUUCUCUACGAAUUACUGCACACGGGAGAUAAGGACUUUCUGAAGGAUAUACCUCCUUCAUCUCUGCCUCAUUCCUCCGUGUCAUCCCUUCAUCUCUGCCUCAUUCCUCCGUGUCAUCCCUUCAUCUCUGCCUCAUUCCUCCGUGUCAUCCCUUCAUCUCUGCCUCAUUCCUCCGUGUCAUCCCUUCAUCUCUGCCUCAUUCCUCCGUGUCAUCCCUUCAUCUCUGCCUCAUUCCUCCGUGUCAUCCCUUCAUCUCUGCCUCAUUCCUCCGUGUCAUCCCUUCAUCUCUGCCUCAUUCCUCCGUGUCAUCCCUUCAUCUCUGCCUCAUUCCUCCGUGUCAUCCCUUCAUCUCUGCCUCAUUCCUCCGUGUCAUCCCUUCAUCUCUGCCUCAUUCCUCCGUGUCAUCCCUUCAUCUCUGCCUCAUUCCUCCGUGUCAUCCCUUCAUCUCUGCCUCAUUCCUCCGUGUCAUCCCUUCAUCUCUGCCUCAUUCCUCCGUGUCAUCCCCUCAUCUCUGCCUCAUUCCUCCGUGUCAUCCCCUCAUCUCUGCCUCAUUCCUCCGUGUCAUCCCCUCAUCUCUGCCUCAUUCCUCCGUGUCAUCCCCUCAUCUCUGCCUCAUUCCUCCGUGUCAUCCCUUCAUCUCUGCCUCAUUCCUCCGUGUCAUCCCUUCAUCUCACUCCUCCUUUCUGAAUCAUCUCUUCAUCUACAGUCAUAGGAUGGUCAUCUCAGUAUGGUUGUUCCUGUCUCAAUGCCCCUGGAACCAUGUUCACACACACACAGAGUACACAUCAUGAUUCGGUAGACCCCCACACACACAUCAUGAUUCGGUAGACCCCCACACACACACACCAUGAUUCGGUAGA